AUGACUGUUAUCUGUAUUUGUGGAAAGCGAAUUGUUCUUAAAUCAAAAUAUAAUGAAGCAUAUCUUGAUUCUCAUGUUAAUGGACCAAGAUGCAAUUGGUCUAGUGGAAUACAUGCUAUAACAGAGUUUUUUGCUCCAGCAGAAAAGACUGUAAUUCCAAAACAAAAGCAUAUACUUUAUAUAUUUCUAGAAAAUACUCCAGUUCGAUAUGCAUUGCUUAAUAAAGAUCAACAAGAACAAUUAAAUCAUGCUGAAAGAAUGCAAGCAAAAUGGAAAAUUGAAGGAAAAGCAGUAUAUGCACAGAAUUGUGAAAAUUAUACUUCAAAUAUUUCAGAAGUUUGUAAUCAGUGCACUUCUAUUAAUUCAGACCAAAAUGCUUUAAAUAAGAGACUAGCCAUUAAAGAAAAUAAAAAAUUUACACCUAAAUCUCAUCUUAGCUCACAUCCACUUAGCAAUUAUCUUUCUAAUUCUGAUAUUGUUAAACUUUCAAGACUUACAAAAUCUGAUAAUAAUCAUUCUGUUUCAUUUUGGAAAACACUUGCUAAAAUGGGUGAAUGUGUUGCUUUUAAUAAAAAAAGGGCUUUUGAAGGCCUGUGUGAAGUUAUGGUUGAAAUAACAAAAUGA